AUGGCUCGUGCCAUGGAAUAUCCCUUCAUUCCAUUGGGGUCAGCUGUCCUGACCGUCCCCUCUGACCCCUCACUGGCAGGGCAGCAUAAGCAGCUGAAAAGAACUUGGUACCAUGAUCCAACUUACUGGGUGAAUAUUCACCACCUGGAGUAUACAGAUGGAGGAAUCCUGGACCCUGACGAUGUGCUGGCAGAUGUUGUGGAAGACAAAGAUAAGCUGAUUGCUGUUUAUGAUGAGCAAGAACCUCACCGUAAGUCUGAUGGCACCAAUGGGAAUGUGACAGACAGAAAUAGCCCAGACCUGUUUGAGACAGAGGUAGCAGCUCAGCUGGAUGCCUUUCAACCAGUUGGAGGCGAGAUUGAAGUAACUCCUUCUGCCCUGAAACUUGGCAUGCCGCUUCUGGUACGAAGGAGCAGUGAUCCAGCUUUGGGCCCACCUGCUGACUUCCACCCAAGUGCCUCUUAUCCCAGUGACCUCAGUCACAAACAUGCUGUGGCAGGUGCUCCCCAGGUAUCCUUUGAGGAUGGGGAAAUGAACCUUGCAGGACCUGCAGAACUGUUGUCAUCGCAGAGGGCCCGUCUUCCUGUAAGUGAAAUGACCAAAACAGUGGAGAUUUCUGGGGAAGGUGGACCCUUGGGAAUACACGUAGUGCCCUUUUUUUCAUCUUUGAGUGGAAGGAUGCUGGGACUUUUUAUCCGUGGUAUUGAAGAAAAUAGUAGAUCUAGGCGUGAUGGGCUUUUCCAUGAAAAUGAAUGCAUUGUGAAGAUCAACGAUGUGGACCUCACAGAUAAAACGUUUGCACAGGCUCAGGACAUCUUCCGCCAGGCGAUGAAAUUUCAGAGUGUCAUUUUGGAAGUCCUUCCUCCUUAUAAUCGAGAACAAUACGAGAAGUCUGCUAUUGCUCCCCUUUGUUUUCUGCACAAUGAUGAAGAAGUUCCGAAAACAAAGAUUCCGCCUCCUGUUCAUCCGAAGCCUACUCUGAAAACAAUUCAUCUUCCUGGAGCAGGCAGCUUGGAUGCUGGUGUACAGGCAACACUACAAGCUAAGAGCCCCAACCUCCCACGUCUGGGUAGAAAACCAUCUUCACCCUCAUUGUCUCCCCUUAUGGGCUUUGGCAAUAAAAAAAAUGCAAAGAAAAUAAAGAUAGACCUGAAAAAAGGUCCUGAAGGACUUGGUUUCACUGUGGUUACCAGGGAUUCUUCAGUACACGGUCCUGGUCCUAUUUUUGUGAAGAAUAUUUUACCAAAAGGUGCAGCAGUAAAAGAUGGCCGUUUGCAGUCAGGUGACAGGAUCCUGGAGGUGAAUGGAUGGGACAUCACUGGCAGGACCCAGGAGGAGCUUGUAGCUAUGCUGAGGAGCACAAAGCAAGGGGAAACUGUCUGUCUGAUCGUGGCUCGUCAGGAGGAGGCCUUUCUACCUCGAGAGCUGAAAGGAGAGCCAAACUGCAGUGCUCUUUCUCCAGAAACCACAGAGCAGCUGACCUUUGAGAUUCCUCUGAACGAUUCUGGCUCUGCUGGACUUGGUGUGAGCUUAAAAGGCAACAAAUCUCGGGAGACUGGAGCUGACCUUGGGAUUUUCAUCAAAUCUGUUAUUCACGGCGGUGCUGCUUUUAAGGAUGGCCGUUUGCGAGUAAAUGAUCAACUUGUUGCAGUAAACGGGGAGUCGCUUCUGGGCAAAUCAAAUCAUGAGGCUAUGGAGACACUGAGGCGUUCCAUGUCCAUGGAGGGGAACAUUCGUGGCAGGAUCCAGCUAGUAAUUCUACGGAGACUGGAGGCACAAACAGAGGAUCGCUUGGACCAGGGUGUCUAUCAGAAAUCAGCAUGUGAUGGCAGUCAUAACUUUGCAGCUAUUUCCCGACGCAAUGGUGCCGUUCUUCAGCAAUUUGUAAACUGUGGCCCUCAGGAAAGAAUACAAGAGUUGCCAGUGUCUGACUGUGGCAAUUGUGAAAAUGAAACUCCUCCACCUCUGCCACCACACCCUAGUGAGGAUCUGCUGAAUGAGGAUCAUAACCAUAGCCUUACCAUAAAUUCAGCAGUGUAUUUAGCAGAUCAGCACAUCAACUUCACAUCUUUGACAGCAGCCAAGCAGUCUGAAUCAAUUAAUCUGAAAGCCUCAAAAAGCAUGGAUCUGGUGGCAGAUGAAAGCAAAGUUGGUUUCUUGGCCGGACGCAGAUCAGAUGCUUCUGGCAAGGAUUUUGGUCCUACCCUGGGAUUGAAGAAGUCCAGUUCUCUUGAGAGUCUUCAGACUGCUGUAGCUGAAGUUAGGAAGAAUGAACUCCCUUUUCACAGACCCAGGCCCCAUGUUGUCCGUGGUCGGGGGUGUAAUGAGAGUUUCCGAGCGGCCAUUGACAAGUCUUACGAUGGACCAGAGGAUGUAGAGGAGGAUGGUUUCUCUGAUAAGAGCUCUCACUCUGGUCAAGAAGCUCAGAACAUGGAAUCUGUCCCUCCAGGGAACCCUGAAAUAGAAGAUGUUGAAACCAAAGUGAAAAAAGACAAAAAAAAUAGAGAGAAAGAGAAGAAAAAAGAAAAGGGCAAAACUAAAAUCAAAGAGAAGAAAAGGAAAGAAGAAAAUGAAGAUCCAGAAAAGAAAAAGAAGAAAGGCUUUGGUGUCAUGUUGAGAUUUGGAAAGAAAAAAGAAGAUAAAAGUGGGAAAGCAGAUCAGAAGGGGAAUCCAAAGCAUGACAUACUUAAAGAAGAGGAUCUAGAGAAAAUGAAAGAUGAACGUGAAAGGAUUGGAGCAAAGCAUCAGGAGUUACGUCAAAAGCAACUGAGGGGCCUGCUUGAUUAUUCUACUGGUCCUGGAGGACCCGACAUAGAUGAUGAUGAGGUAGAUCCAAAUUAUGCCAGAGUGAACCACUUCCGAGAGGCUUAUCCAGCAGCAAGCAUUUACAGACCAUCAUCUCCAGCAGUCGCAGAAACCUUCGUCUAUCCGCGUGAUUCUUCUUCAACACCAGUGGAGAGGGAACACUUGGAAGGAUUGUAUGCAAAAAUAAACAAGCAGCACUACCCGCAGGUUCCUGGUGACAGUGGCUGUGCAGGUGGUGGGAAUGCUGACCGAAUCCAGAAGCUAAGGAAGGAGUACCAUCAGGCCAGGCGGGAGGGCUUGCCUUUCUAUGAGGACGAUGAAGGACGAACACAGCUGUCUGAUUGCGACCACCGUUGGGUUCCUGGAAAAGGUCCAGAUGGGAGCUCAUACAAUCUCCACUUCGAAGGGAUGGAAAGGCAGUAUGCAUCUUUACCCAGACGUGGACCUGCAGAGCCACUGGAAUAUUUAACAGGGCCGCGAGUGAUCUACAAAGAGAGAGAUCUUCCCUACUACCAAGGAGGAGGACAGCCUGUUGUCCACCCAUCUAAGGGGAACUACAUCCAUGCACCAGACGCAAGAGUGGCAGAAUUGAGAUACCCCCCGUACUACCCAGCCCAGUCCAUCCCAAACCAGCAUAAAGGACCCUUCCGGCAGGACGUGCCACCUUCUCCUCCUCAGCCCCACCGUGCACCAGCUUAUAAUGAGAUUAUCCGACACCGUGGGACCAGUCCAGACCAGUACCAGUACAGGCAACAGGAUCCCAGGCAGAAGAACCCCAUGACUGCAGCUGUAUAGACACACACUGGACUUGCCAGCACAGCCCUGGAAGAAUCCUGUUGGACAUCGACCCUUUAGAGUUGUUCACAAGCAUGGCUGCCUCUGCCUGUAAGAUUGGCACAAGACCUGGAGUCGUUUGUACUGAGCUGGGCUCAGCAUAGGUGCUUUCUGACAGGUGAACUAGAGCCAUGAGUGGUACGAUGUAUUUUGAGUAUGUGAGGUACCAGACAGUUGAGUAUUUUUAAAUUCCUUUUUAAAAGUAGAAAGUGGCUGCUGGAAAUGAAGCGCAACACUUAUUACACCUCAGGGCUAUUUACCGAAUCUGGUUACACCAAUACAGUACAUAGCUGUCUGUCCAGCAGCAGUAUCAACAGUUUACUACAGAGCUCUGCUGCAGAGCCUCUCAGUGAGAGCACAGCGAGCAGUGUGGACUUCUCACGGGGAUCUUGUGGGAUCAGCUGACAGGGGCCUCACAGAAUCAGCAGCCAUGUUCCAGUCACAUUCAGACCAGCAGCACUGUGUGCUAAGGAUGCUGCAGUUCCAGAUUUGUAUCCUCACAUUUGUCUUCCUCUUUUUGUUUGAUAGUGGCAGCAUUAAUCUUGUAUCCUUACCUUUUUUUACAAUCUGCCUAGCAAGGUUCUCAUCUUAUUGCACCUGCUGCAUUUGGAGUAAGGCAAAAAACUUUAUCCACCACAUGUGGGCAGGCUCAGAGGAUAAGACAGCCAUCCAAGAGGUGUAUGCCGAGCAAUGCGUGUGUGUUUGUGAGUAUUUCGUAGUCACAUGGUGUGCACUUUUUAAAGGUAAACUCCAGAAAUCAGAUCCUCAGCUGCUGUCAGUGCUGCUCCUGAGAUUUCAAAGGAACUAGCCUGCGAGUCAUGGCUGUGGAGGUAACUGUGGGCAUGGAGUCCAUGACUCAAUAUCUAUUAAGCUACUGUGCCAGGUGCUGCUUUGGAUUGGACAGGGCGGCCUAACUCCUGCCCUGCUCUGGCCAGGCUGACAGUCAAGUGCUUGCUGGCAGCAUGCGAGUCAAUGGUGGUGCCAGGCCAGUGCCAAGUGCCAAAUAACCCAGGUUCCUGCAGCGGGGGCCAGUGAGAGAGGAGAUUUUCACAGUGAGAGGUGAGGAAAGAGACAAUGAAAGCAAUAGGGAGAUCUUCUAUACCCUGGGCCCAUGGAGGAAGAAGAGCGAAGAGCUGUAAGAGUUAUUUGCAAAAGUGCAUAGGACAAGAGCGGGCUGGCAGAGCUGGGGGUCGGGAGCGCCUGCCAGCUCUCUGCCCCAUGCAGCCUAAGCUUGCAGUGCUUGCCCUGACCAAGGAUUAAGCUCAAGGAUUUCUUUGAUGUCUUUUUGAUACCUUGAUAUGAAACACAUUAAAUCAUACAGGUCACUUCUAGGCAUUAAAUAUCACAGGAAGGAUCGCAUCCCUUUCCUAGAAACCCCUGGAAAAGGCCUCGUUAGAGCAAGAGGUCCACAAGGCACAGGGCAGGGCAGUCAGUGCUCUUUCUGGGGCCACAGCUGUAACCCCUGGUAAGGAUGAGCACACAUCCCAGUCAGCCCAGUGCUGCCUGUGUACUGCCAGUGAGAGGUUGGUGGAACUGGAGCACUGAGUAUCUGUGCCUGCCCUGCUGGCCUGCAGGUUCCAGUGGCUGUAUUCACACCAAUCUCUAGCACUGGCCAGGCUGGAAGCAGCGGGAAGAAGCAGCUUUGGGGUGGUGGAGAGGGGGCACGUCUCCAUGAUUCAGCUGCGGGGCUGGGCUCCCUGGGGCAGGGGCAGAAGAGCUCCAGAUCCAGUCAGGAGGAAGCAUUGGUGGGAGGGAGAGCAAUGCGACUGAUCGUGAAGUAAGUAUGUUCAGUUCGUGCUCCAUUUCUCCCUGCCCUCUUCCCUAGAAAUGUAGGAGGAAAAACCUCUGGAGGGAGGGGUUGGAUGUAAGGCCGAGUCUCUUGGCACUCUCCAUAAACAAGGCACAUUCCCCAGGGAAACUCUGCCUGUCGCAUACGUGCUGUACGCAGCCUUCUCUGAAGAGUUUGAGAUGCUGCAGGAUACUCAGCCAAGACUUGGCAGCCGCAGGGUAGAUGCUGGUGUUAUGAAGGCCCGCUGAAAGUGAAGCGAAAACAAAUUAAAAUACUUUCCUUUCCCUGCUUGAAAUACAACCGCUGAUACAUUUGAUCCAGCUGUAAAGAAACUUAUAUAUUUGCGACAGUGGCUUUAUCAAGCCAGGCCACAAUUAAGAACAGCUCUGAAUAUAAGCUACUGCCUUUAUAAAUCACUCUCAACUAACCCUUCACAUGGCAUUGCAGCGCAGUGAGCAGAACUUAUUUACAGUAUUUCAGGAGCCAGGGCCAAAUAAAAUCUGGAUUGAAGCAGUUUCUGGGUUAUUUAUAGCCUUUGGAGGACCUGUAUAGUUGUCUCCCCAUAACCCGAAUCUCUCCUUAAUGGCUCCCCCUGACUGCAUCAGCUCUGCUGGAUGAGGUGGUCAGACCGAGCGCACACCUUCAGAGCUGUUAAUCUUACCCAACGGGUUAUUAAAUGAUGUUUCAGUGUGAGAUCAGUACAGAGCUUCUUCCAGGAAAAAAGGAAAAUGAGCUGCAAGCAUAAUAUAUAGAUGCACCCUACAGGCGAGGAGCUAAGAUGGAGCGGCAGGCUGACCCAGCUGGAGGACAGGACCCAAAAGUAUUGCAGAGCCUCCCAUCUGUCUCUGGUGCCAUUGUUCUGCGAGGAAAUUGCCCUUUGCAGGUUUAAUAUCUGCUAGAGGUAUGGCUUUUUUUAAAGUAUAAUGUGUAACUACAGUAUAUAUAGUCAGCUUCUCUGCAGUGUAAAAUGUAUGAUUUUAGCACCAUAUUGUGGAAAAAUAUGUACCGUGCAGAAUCCACGAGGUGCUACAACUGAUGGUUGAAAAUACGCACUUGCAAAAAUCCAAAAGAGCCGUUAAGUAACAAGUUGUUCUUUUCCCCAUAUGUCCAUAUGUUUGGGAAAACUACACGUCUGAAGCGUUCUUGACACGUAAUCGCCUCGCGUUCCCUCACCCAAAAGGUGCCAGUCCGGCAGCAGCGUCACCACCGGGGCAGUGGUGUGAGGGGAGGGCCGCAUUUGCAGCAGGAGCAGCGUGCCAGCACUGCUCCUUAAGGGCUACGACGGGAGGGCUGCUGGAGGCUUUGCUUUCCCGAGCUGGGGCGUGCAGCCGGCGGCUCUGGCCCUGGCCUGUGGCCAGCUGGGCCCCGCAGAUGAAAGAUUAAGAGAUACGGAGAGAGCCUGUGCAUUUUUGCAGUGACCACCCACUAGUGAGCCAUGUCUUGGCCUGAGAGCAGACGUUAGCACUGUGAUGCGGCGUGAGGCAGGAGUCUCUUAGCACCCCCUGAACGUUGUGGAGAAAAGGGGAGCAAAGCAUGUCAAUAAUAAUUUUUUGAAAGGCUCCUGCUUUGAAGAACUGCGUGCAGCCUGCAUUCCAAUUCGCUCCAGCUUCUUGAACAAGUUUCACACGCUGCCUAAUUUUUUUUUUUUUUUUCACAGAUGAAUUGUGCUACCUCCUCCUCCCAGCCAUUGCAGAUUUGUUUAUCAGAGUCAGUGCUGGGAGUGCAUCCCACUGAGUGCUCCGCCGGGGCCACAUCCUGGCGCUCUGCGCUGGGCAGGGGCUGCUUUGCACCUCCAAAAGGCCAUACGCCUGUGCUUGCCCUCACAGAGUUCUGCAGAGUCCCUAAGCCUUACAAAGUGCAAAGUCGGAAGCACUCUUUACUGUCUGCAUCAAAGAAAACACUUUUUAAGACACUUCUGUGCUAUUCAGGAGGAGAGGGAAGUGUUUAUGAUCCUGACAAUACCCAUGAGUUUUAGUUAAAUUAAUUUCAAAAUCACACGUGUUUGUUUUGGGGGAGAAAUUCAAUACACAACUCCUGAAGUUUUCUUUCUAGUACCACAUCAAAGAUUUGAUCUUUUGGUACAUAUGGCUAUAUAAAUUUUACCUGUUUUAUUUUGCAUUAAAAUAAAGGCUUUAAGACUACGUAUGACUAUGGAUUUA